ACGAAGCGCUCGCUUAGCUUAGGAGCGGUGGCACGGCAGUGAGCAGCGUGCUGUGCUGGGGGGAGUACAGUCCGGUGCAGCAGCAGCGGCGCGGUGUGUGUUUGCGGCAGUGUCGACUGUAGUCAGCCCUUGUUUUUGUGCUCCGAAGCCCGUCAUUGCCGCCAUCUAGUGAGUGUUGGUGACGGAUGGUAGCAUGGACAGUGCGCGGGAGGAUGUCCCUGCGCCCGGCCAGCUCGGCGAGCACGUGGGUAUCGACCCCGCAUUCCUCUGCCAAGUUAAAACCGAGGCGCCCGAAGACCGCGAGCUGGGCGACGACCGCGAUGAGUACGGCGCAGUGUACCAAGUCGUCCGCGAGGGCGCCGACAGCGCCUUCCGCGCGCUCGCGCUGCGCCUGUUCCGGGACGAGCAGCACCACCCGUCGGUGCGGGGCGCCGUCGUCAACCACGUCGUCAACAACUGGCUGUCGACGUACGCCCAGCUGACUGGCUUCGCCGACCCGGACGCGUACCGCUGGCACGUGGGCCAGGACGGCGCACCCGGCGGCGCCGUGGAGGUGCGCGCGGCCGGGGAGGCCUUCUUCCGCACCGUUGCCGUCGUGCAGGACGGCGUGCUCGAGCUGGCCUCCCUCAGCAGCACCGACCACGACCCCAUCGUCCUGCGCAGGACCGGAGCGCCGCCCGCCGAGCACUACGACGCCUGCAUCACGCUGCCACCGGCCGGCUGGAAGGGAGGUCCCGCCGAGCUGAGCGGGCUGGGCUGGCCGACACGGGCGACGACGGAGGGGUUCGCCGGUGUGGUCGGACCAUUCCAGGAGGAAUUCCAGGCCGAAGUUAAAAUGCAGGAGGGGAUGGAGAUGGAGGACGGAACAAGUCUAGCCGACCCUUUAGCCGACACUGCGGGGCACUGCGCUGGGAGCGAGGCGUCCCUCCAGGGACGCGAGACGUGGGAGGUGUGGAUCAAAGAGGAGGUCCACGACACGUCAGAGCAGGCCGAGUUCCCCCAGGAGUGGGAGCUGGCGACGGAGGGCGGGGAGACGGCGGGCGCCCUGCACCAGCCAGCGGCGUCGCUCGAGGGAGGCUCUUAUGACGGCGACUUCGACUCCCAGGACGGCCUGGUGGAGACCACCGAGACUCUCUGGAUCAAGAACGAGGAGGCAGAGCUGAGCGACACGACCUCCCAGGAGCAGGAGUGGCUGUCGGAGAGGCGCGACAAGGCCAGCUCCGACUCGGGUAGCAGCCCAACCCCUGUGAGGGACAGCAGGCCGCGGCGGGUGAAGCACGUGCCCGCGCUCAUGAGGAGGGGGCGCGGGACGAGGUCGGUAGAGGACCUCGAGGAGAGGGCGAUGUUGGAGCGCGAGCACAUGCGGCGGCUGCGCCGGGACCAGCGGCGGCGGCGCGAGCAGACCGAGACUCCGGAGGAGCGCGAGGCCCGGCUGAGGAAGGAGCGCGAGGCCAAGCGGCGCCUCCGCCAAGGGGCUGAGACUCCGGCGCAGCGCGAGGCGAGACUUGCGAGAGAGCGCGAGGCCAAACGGCGCCUCCGCCAAGGGGGUGAGACUCCCGAGCAGCGCGAGGUCAGGCUGGCGAAGGAGCGCGAGGAGCAGCGCGGGGUUGGCGAGUGGCGCGAUUACAGGGAGUUGGAGACUCCGGACGAGCGCGAGGCCAGGCUCAAGAAGUGGCGUGAAGACAAGCGGCGCCAGAGACAGAGUGAGACUCCGGAGCAGCGCGAGGCCAGGCUGAGUAAAGAGCGCGAAGCCAAACGGCGUCUUCGGUACGGGGGAGAGACUCCGGAAGAGCGCGAGGCCAGAAUGCGUCGAGAGCGGGAAGCGCGGUGGCCGCGAGCAGAAGGAGAGACUCCGGAACAGUACGAGGCGAGACUAAGAGGGAACCUCGAAUACUUGGAAGAGUUGUUCCGGGGGGAGACGUCGGAGCAGCGCGAGGAGAUGCUGAGGAAAAUGCGCGAAGAGAAACGGCGACAGAGAGAGAAUGAGACUCCGGAGCAGCACGAGGCCAGGCUGGAGAAGCGGCGCGAAGAACGGCGGCAGCGCAUCGCGAGGGAGACCCCGGAGGAGCGCCUGGAGAGGAUCAAGAAGGAGCGCGCGUGGAAGGGGGUCCCGAGGAAGCCGGUCCCCAGGGUCGAGACGCCGGAGCGGCGCGAGGAGAGGCUGGCGAGGUUCCGCGAGUACCAAAAGCGGCGCCUGCACGCCGAGACCGCGGAGCAGCGCGCGGCCAGGCUGGCGAGGAUGCGCGAGUACGCGCGCGCCCGGCUGCUCCGGGAGAAGGGCGUGGGUCUGGAGCCCACGGCGGCGGCGCCAGCAGAGCACCCCUUCGCGGCAGAGGCAUUCCUAGGAGGGGCGCAGCAGGAGCAGGCGCCUCUCAGCAGCGGUGAGCAGCAACCAGUCGGCAUCAGCGCCCUCCCAGGGGGCGGCGAACAAUAACCAACGCCAGCGAGAAUGCCGGGCAGCAGCCGACAGCCCAGCGCUGCCGCACAGAGUGACCCCCUGCAACCAUGCUGCAACCACCCACCCCUCAUGCGGCGAGGACGCGCUUGAGCACCACGGCGGCGACUUUCCGAGAGGACCACGCGGAUAUCAACCGAGCAGCCCCAUGAGUCGUCUCUCGCACUGCUAGUGCUGCCGAUACCCGCCUCCAUGCCAACUCCACGCCGCCAACGGAACAUGAACGGCGACCUUCUGUCAGAGUAAUACUGCCCCGCGCCGUGCCAAGUCCGGGACAGCGACGCCGAGUCCGAGCCCGUCGAUCCCGCCGAACCUCUGGCCGAUGGAGGCGGGAAGGGAAUGGGCUUGCAGCGAGUGUCCGUCAAGCAAAUUCAUAAGGCUGGAAAAAGGAACUAGUACACUUCCUGUGGCGUCCCAGCCACGCUGAUACUCCGUGCGCUCCGGGGACUUCCAAUAUACAGAGACAAGAAGUGCCUCCAAACGCAGAAUAUCGAACGUGUGAUGUUCUUGGAUUAUACGAUGUGUAUAUUUGUGUAUUUAUUAAUGUACAUUAUAUAGUUUUGCAUAUUGUA